AUGGAGAGAUGUCAUCAAAUCUUUUGGUCACUUGAAAAUGAAUAGCGGAAAAUUUUCAAAAGAUUGUAUUUUCAUUACGCUGAGCAAUGCAAAGAUUUGGAAAAGAAGCUAAAGCAAAAACAAAAAGAGGAAAAACAGGCUCAUAAACAACAACAAAGAUAACCUUUGGAAAGUAUCAUAAUCAACUGGGACAAGACAUUGCUGUCUUUAGGUAAUUGGAUGCAGGCAUAUGAUAAAUAAUAAAUUUCAUCUUGAGACAGAGGUCAUUGUAUCUUAGUACGAGACCUGCUUCCUUGGAGAUCAAAAGCAGCGUGAAAUCCCAUUUUUUAGCCAGGAUAUAAUUGGUCAAGCUAUAAGUUAUUGUUGCCUUCUUUUUUUUCCUUUAAUGACAAUGGCAACGCAGCCGUAGCCGUAGCCAGCAGCCAGCAACGGCUGUAUUUCUUGUCCUCCUCGCUUUUUCAUUCAGGGCCCUAUGCCACCAAAGUGUGCAAAAUUAUGGCCACAAAAAUAACCCUUUUACUAUGGCAAAAACAAAACGUUAAAGCGCUUUCCAACCUUGUUGGAAAUGGAAAGCCUUUCUUUGGAAACUAUAGUGGAAAAUCUAUCCCAGACAAGCUAUCACCUCAAUUUGACUGUACCAGUUCUAUGGCGCAGAAAAGAAUCGCCGACAGCGACAACGAAGUACGUUACGAUUUCACAAAGUCCUGCUACGUUGAAGGGGAUUUACAGUUUGUGGUAAAAGUGAAAAUAAAUCCUGACACACCCGUCCCCGGUGGAAAGGAAUGUGCAACUCUUCCAGAGUUUCAAGCAGCGCUUCUCCAACAAGAGCCAAACAAAAACACUUAUAUGGUCUUACAUCCAAGAAGGGCCCAUUGGUUUUUCACUAGAAGUCUUGGAGGAUGUGAAAUGUUCGUGGCAAAGAGAAGCAACCGCUAA